AUGGCGCUCCCACCGAUAAAGAGGAAGCUGCAUGCCAUGUUCACCAAGAUGGCCUCUGGUUCAGGCAGCCACCCAGUGGAGGAGGAUUGUGAUGUCCUGGAUGAUUCCCGGACCAACAGCUCUGGUGCCACAUCCCCCAGUGCAGGUGUUUGCUAA